AUGAAAAAAGAAAGUAAAAAAAACAGGUUGUUUGAUUGGAUCUUAAAAGCAUAUAUAUCAUAUAAACCUAAAUUCCCACCCGACAUUAAAUCUAGUGAUGUUGUCGGAGUGGUGAAUCCAAAGUUUCGUAAAUUCCCAAAUGCUUUUAUUGUUUAUCGACACAUACUAACAGUUUCUCAGGUCUCAUCUUUGGCGGGAAAGCUUUGGGUAGAGGAGCCUUUACAUGUUAAAAACCAUUAUAAAGAUUUAGCUCGUGAGGCUGAAAUAAUAUACAAACAGAAAGGAAAUCUACCUUUACAUAUGAUACAUUACGAUUGUAAUAAAACUGUUGCCAGCAAAAUUUCUCCUCAAGAAUUUUAUCCUUCUUUUGAUACAGCAGAUGACAAUAAUAAUGACAAUAACAACAAAUACAAUGAAUCUUUUGAUACAGAAAAUCUUCUUAAUAUUAAUUCGGCGAAUAACUACGACAGU